AUGUCGAAGGGCGACGGUGAACAGCAGAACGGCUCGGGCGAGGAGUCCAAGACCAACCUCAUCAUUAAUUACCUCCCGCAGAGCAUGACACAAGAGGAAAUAAGAAGCCUGUUUUCGAGCAUCGGCGAGGUAGAAUCAUGCAAGCUGAUAAGAAACAAAGGCGCCGCAUUCCCUGAUGCUCUUAAUCAUGCGCUGCAUGGAGGCGGACAAAGCCUCGGCUAUGCCUUUGUUAACUACCACCGACCUGAAGACGCAGAAAAGGCGAUCGCCACCCUGAACGGGCUCCGACUUCAGAAUAAAACAAUCAAAGUAUCAUACGCGAGGCCAAGCAGUGAAGCUAUUAAAGGCGCAAAUCUAUACGUGUCCGGACUGCCGAAGACGAUGACCCAAACGGAAUUGGAGAGGCUGUUCAGUCCAUAUGGUCGCAUAAUUACGUCGCGAAUUUUGUGCGAGAAUUCCGGUGGCCGGCCAUUUACCGGUGGCGAGCAGGGACUGUCGAAAGGUGUAGGAUUCAUUCGCUUCGACCAGCGCGUGGAAGCCGAAAGGGCGAUACAGGAGCUUAACGGGACUGUGCCAAAGGGUGCUACGGAGCCGAUCACAGUGAAAUUCGCUAACAAUCCGAGCAAUAAUGGAAAGGCGCUGGCACCGCUGGCAGCAUACUUGCCUGCAGCUCUACGUUUCCCUGCACCACUGGGCCGCUUCAGUUCAGGCAAGUCCUUACUCGCAAUUAAUAAAGGACUCCAGCGCUACAGCCCCUUAGCAGGUGAAUUACUCGGCGGUGUGCUUCCUGGUGCCGUUGGUUCUGAAUGGUGUAUCUUUGUCUACAACCUUGCCCCGGAGACCGAAGAAAACGUCUUGUGGCAGCUUUUUGGCCCAUUUGGCGCCGUUCAGAGCGUCAAAGUUAUCCGCGACCUACAGACCAACAAAUGUAAAGGCUAUGGCUUCAUAACAAUGACCAACUACGACGAAGCUGUGGUCGCUAUUCAGUCGCUCAACGGGUAUACACUCGGCAAUAGAGUGCUUCAGGCCAUGAUUGGACUCAAACCAAUGUAUGCCAAAUGUACGAGAAUCAUCUCCGCUCAGGCGCGCCAGGCGUGGGCGCGCCACGCGCCGCUCCAGGCUCUCCCGGGCCAACGGGCGGUACCGGCCGUGCCUGAGGAAGACGGGAAAAUCGAUUUAGCUGUUCUGGGCUACGCGCGGGGUGGGCGAGUAAAGGGGGGGGGCGGUGGCGACAGGGUGGCUGUCGUGCCGCCCUCAGUCGCGCACGAGAAGGAUACAACUCGCGAGAGAGGGAUAGAACGCGCAAGCUAA